AUGGCGACCUAUCUGGAAUUUAUUCAGCAGAAUGAAGAGCGGGAUGGAGUACGUUUCAGCUGGAAUGUAUGGCCCUCCAGUCGGCUGGAAGCUACAAGGAUGGUUGUACCUUUAGGAUGCCUCUUUACCCCACUUAAAGAGCGUCCAGACCUGCCCCCUGUCCAGUAUGAACCGGUUCUCUGCACAAGACCUACUUGCAAGGCAGUUCUCAAUCCACUUUGUCAAGUUGACUACAGAGCCAAGCUGUGGGCUUGUAACUUCUGCUUCCAGAGAAAUCAGUUUCCUCCCACAUAUGCUGGAAUAUCAGAAGUGAAUCAGCCCGCGGAACUUAUGGCUCAGUUCUCCACCAUCGAGUACAUUGUUCAGAGAGGCCCCCAGACACCCUUAAUCUUCCUGUAUGUUGUGGAUACUUGUUUGGAGGAAGAGGACUUGCAGGCCCUCAAGGAGUCGCUACAGAUGUCCCUUAGUCUUCUGCCACCAGACGCUUUGGUUGGACUAAUCACUUUUGGCAGAAUGGUUCAAGUACAUGAACUGAACUGUGAUGGGAUCUCCAAAAGCUAUGUCUUCCGAGGGACUAAAGAUCUCACUGCAAAGCAAAUACAGGAUAUGCUGGGACUUUCAAAGCCAGCUGCUCCAGUACAGCAAGGAAGACCAAUGCAACCCCAGGAACAGCCCUUCUUGUCCAGCAGAUUUUUACAGCCCGUUCACAAAAUUGACAUGAACCUCACAGAUCUGCUUGGGGAAUUACAGCGUGAUCCAUGGCCCGUACCCCAGGGGAAAAGACCGCUGAGAUCUACUGGUGUAGCUUUGUCUAUUGCAGUUGGUUUGUUGGAGGGAACCCUCCCAAACACUGGAGCUAGAAUAAUGCUGUUUACAGGAGGUCCACCAACCCAAGGACCAGGCAUGGUGGUUGGAGACGAGCUGAAAAACACCAAUUCGUUCCUGGCACGACAUAGAGAAGGACAACGCUCGUUUUAUGAAAAAGGCUAUCAAGCAUUAUGAAGGAUUGGCAAACCGUUGCGCAACGAAUGGUCACUGCAUUGACAUCUAUGCCUGUGCCCUGGACCAGACUGGUCUUUUAGAGAUGAAAUGCUGUUCGAACCUCACAGGAGGUGAGAUUGUCAUAGGAGAUUCUUUCAAUACAUCCUUAUUUAAACAAACAUUCCAAAGAGUUUUUAGCAAAGAUUUAAAUGGAGAGUUCAAAAUGGCCUUUGGUGCCAGCCUUGAAGUAAAGACUUCAAGAGAAUUGAAAAUAUCUGGUGCUAUUGCCCCUGUGUUUCCCUAAAUGUGAAGAGUCCAUGCAUUUCAGAAAAUGAAUUGGGAGUUGGUGGAACAUGCCAGUGGAAAAUCUGUAGCCUAGAUCCAACAACAACACUUGGAAUUUAUUUUGAAGUUGUAAAUCAGCACAAUGCACCGAUCCCUCAGGGGGGGAGAGGAGCUGUCCAGUUUGUCACACACAGUACCAGCAUUCCAGCACACAGAAACGCAUUAGAGUCACUACUAUCGCCAGGAACUGGGCAGAUGCUCAAACACAGCUCCAGCACAUAGAGGCUGCCUUUGAUCAAGAAGCUGCUGCAGUCUUAAUGGCUCGCCUGGGAGUGUACAGAGCAGAAACAGAGGAAGGGCCUGAUGUUCUCCGAUGGUUGGACAGACAACUCAUCAGACUUUGCCAGAAAUUUGGACAGUACAACAAGGAUGACCCAACCUCCUUCAGACUGUCAGACUCCUUCUCUCUUUAUCCACAAUUCAUGUUCCACUUGAGAAGAUCACCCUUCCUGCAAGUGUUUAAUAACAGCCCAGAUGAAUCCUCUUACUACAGACAUCACUUUGCUAGACAAGACCUGACCCAGUCCCUUAUCAUGAUCCAGCCUAUCCUUUAUUCUUAUUCUUUUCAUGGACCACCAGAGCCUGUGCUGUUGGACAGCAGUAGUAUUUUACCAGACCGGAUUCUGCUUAUGGAUACCUUUUUCCAGAUUGUUAUCUACCUUGGAGAGACAAUUGCCCAGUGGCGUAAAGCUGGCUACCAGGACAUGCCAGAGUAUGAGAAUUUCAAACACCUUCUGCAGGCACCACUAGAUGACGCUCAAGAAAUCUUACAAAGCAGAUUUCCAAUGCCUCGUUACAUCAAUACAGAGCACGGAGGGAGCCAGGCAAGAUUCCUUCUUUCUAAAGUGAAUCCAUCACAAACGCACAACAAUCUGUACAACUGGGGACAGGAAUCUGGAGCACCAAUCCUUACUGAUGAUGUCAGUCUACAAGUUUUUAUGGAUCACUUGAAAAAGUUAGCAGUUUCUACUGCGUCCUAA